AUGGUUCAAGCCUUUUAUUCAUCCAUAAAUCGAGAGAAUAGCCAUAACCAGCCAGAAGAACAUAAUAAUAACAACCCCGGAAUGUCCUCAAUACCGUAUAGCCGGCUUUCUGAACAAUUGGAAAUUAGAGACAACGAAGACAUCGAAGAUGGUGAUGAUGAUGAUAACGCAGUCCAAGUGUUCGACCCCCUUGCAGAUAACGACGAAGAUGAUGAUGAUCUUGUCCCAUUGACCGAUCCCUUGGAAUCCGAAGGGGUUUCUUUGAAAUCAAGGAAAUCCACUGAGUUUGAUCUUAAUAAUGUCGAUACCUUGUUGGAAGACUUGCCCCAAGGACGUAAUUACGGUAUAUACGCCUGCGUGGUGUUUAUCAUCUCUCGAAUUAUCGGUAGUGGGAUUUUUAGCACUCCUGGCGGGAUAUACAGAGACGUUGGAGGGUCUCCGUUCUUAUUCUUCUUAGCCUGGGUCGUGGCAACCUUGAUCUCGUUCUUGUGUAUGAUUGUUUAUUUGGAAAUCGGCACGUUGAUGCCGAGAUCAGGAGGACCGAAGGUAUUCUUGGAAAUGAUUUAUAGGAAACCAAAACAUUUGGCCACCGUAUUGAUUUGUUUGCAUUCUAUCGUAUUUGGCUUCACCUGUUCUGGGGCAGUGACUUUUGGCCAAUAUUUUCUACGAGCUAUUGGUAUUGAGGUGGAUAUCUCCCAAUCUAAUGCUUCAAGAUACGUUGGCCUAAUCCUAAUUGCUAUCUGUUUAGUGAUUCAAUCACUUUCUGUGAAAACCAGUUUGUACGUGCAAAAUGUUCUUGGAUUCAUCAAAUUGAUUCUUCUUGGGAUUUUGACGGUGACAGGACUAUACGUUUUAUUGUUGCCUCAAUCGAUAACUCAUGUGGAAAACCAAUUGCACUGGAAUGAAUUUUUCGCACCAAAGCGAGAAGUAACCAUAUCGUCUUUCACCUCAGCGGUAUUGCAGGCGAUUUUUUCAUUUUCUGGCUGGGAAAGUAUCUAUUUCAUCACUUCUGAAAUUAAAAAUCCCAUUAGGACUUUAAAGAUCGUGGGCCCGUUGUCGCUUGUGAUAUCGUUGCUCACCUACACAUUUGUCAAUAUUGCGUAUUUGAAAACCAUUAAUGGUGAGGAAAUCUUUGCUAGUGGGCAAUUAUUGGGAUCAAUUCUUUUUGAAAAAGUGUUUGGCCCCAAAAUCGGCAAAACCUUCUUGUCGAUUACCGUGGCCUUAUCGGCGGCCGGUAAUGUGUAUGUGGUCCUCUAUGCGAUUUCCAGAAUGUCUCAAGAAGUUUUCAGAGAAGGGAUUUUGCCAUGCUCACGCUUCAUGGCCUCCAAUUGGCCAGGGUUGGGGACUCCUGUGCCAACCUUACUGUUAUCAUUCUUAAUCUCGGCGAUUUUCCUUUUAAUCCCCCCACCGGGAGAUAUUUUCAGCUACAUUGUUUCCUUGGAGACGUAUAUGUUAGAAAUGAUCAUGUUGGCGAUCAUUAUUGGGCUUUUCAAAUUGCGCAGAGACUAUCCCGAUAUCAAAAGACCGAUUAAAGUCCCAUUGGUUGCUCCUACCGUGGGUGUGAUUGUGGUGAGUUAUUUGUUAAUCACCCCAUUGUUGAAAAAGAAUGAGAAUACCGCCAUUGGUAGUUUGCCAAAUUAUGGGGUGCUUGGGAUCAUUUUGUUGUUGUUGGGAGUUUUGUAUUGGCUCAUGUUGUUUAUGGUUUUGCCAAAGAUUGGUAAUUACAAAUUGCGCAAAGAGCAAGAAGUUCUAUCCGAUGGGUUAGUUAUCAAACAUUGGAAGAAGUUUUACAAUUAA